AUGGCGAAAAAUAUUCUAGCCACCACCAAACUUCAAAGCCAAACCAUUGAACAUCAAAAUGACAAAAGAGCAUCAAGUAAACCUAUCCAUUAUGAAGCAACAGAUAAGUAUUACCAAGAAGCUACAGGUUUGCAUGAUAGAGAAGCAUUAUUGGUGAUCAUGGUUGCAAUCAAAGUAUCUAUGUCCGCUAUAUAUCCUACGGAGGAAGAUGUACUGAAUAAAAUCAUUUCGUCCACGGUUCCAGAAGAUCGCGGGAACAGUUUCCCUAUUGACAUCGGAAGCGUGAGUCGAAGAUUGCACUCAAUCGCCUCGUUCAACUAUAUUGUUGAUGAAGGCUACGUAGUCUCCGUAGAUUCCACACAUCGGCAAGGACUCUCUGAUUGUACUUCCAUUAGCAAGGACUCGGCCGGAGUACCAGCAGUGGUGAACGCGUCGCCAGGAGAGAAUUUAGCUUCUGAAGUCGCUGGACGAAGCUGGCUGAGAGACUACGUGGAUCGACUUGCAUCGAUUGCAUCUCGCACGGUAUCAUUUAGCAGCUCCGGCAGGUUUUUGACUUGUAGUAAUCGCCGGAGCAACACGGUUGUCGCCGUCGAUGAGGAAUUGGAGGCUAAUCGUAUUGGAGAAGAGAUAAGUGAGUUGUUUUGGUGGUUCUCAGGGGUAUGA